AUGGGAGAUGACAGAAAUGACGACAUUCUUGUCAUUGGAAUUGAUUUCGGGACUACAUUUUCUGGAGUCGCAUGGUCUACUGCAGCAGACUUUGCGAGGAACGAAAUCAAUCUCGUCACCAGCUGGCCAGGCAGCGGGACGCAAGAGGCCAAGGCCCCCACAGAGCUGUUCUACGAGUAUGGCCAAGUCAUGUGGGGAUACGACAUUCCCCUAGAUGCAGAUCCGAUCCGAUGGUUCAAGCUCCUUCUGGUGAAAGACGAAGAUUUGACCAAAGAGCUUCGAAACUCAGAGCCCCUUGUUCACGCACGCAAGUUUGUAGACGAGACUGAGAAGAAGCCAGUUGAGCUCAUUGCUGAUUACCUGAGAGCUUUGUUUGAGCACACUCUGUAUGUGAUCCGAAAGGCGCGAGGGCAGUCAGUCCUAGACGCUUUGCGCUUCCAUGUUGUCAUCACAGUCCCCGCCAUCUGGCAGGAUUAUGCCAGACGAGACAUGGAACAAGCUGCAGAGAUGGCUGGGAUCAUGGAUUCUCGCCCAGCUGGGCAGACGAAACUCACAUUUGCACCGGAGCCAGAAGCAGCAGCUCUCUCAACUCUGUAUGAGUCGGGUAGAAACCUGAACAAAGGAGAUGUCUUCGUCAUAUGUGAUGCAGGCGGCGGCACCGUGGAUCUCAUCAGUUAUGAGGUAACAAACAACAAGCCUCUUGCCAUCAAAGAAGUCGGCGAGGGUACCGGCGGCCUAUGUGGCGGCGUCUUCAUUGACAAGGCCUUUGAGAAGGCUUGUAGAGAUCGGCUUGGAAGAAAGUGGGGUCGACUCAGUCCAGCUGUUAUCAAGGACCUCAUGAAGAAAGAAUGGGAGGUGGCAAUCAAGUCCACGUUCAAGCCUGACACAAAGCGUAGUAAUAGGGAAUACAUUGUGGGAUUCCCGCUAGAGACCUUCAGAACACCGUCAGACAGUUUCGACGACCUGAGCAAGCAGCCACUGAUCAAGAAUGGAAGGAUUCAUUUUCAACAGUGA